CCAAUAGAAACGCGUGAAUGUUGGUCACGUGAUUAAAGGUUAGCAAGAAUGUGUGUAUAAGGAAGCUAUGAGACCUCAACUGUAAAAAAGAUGUUAUAAACAUAGCAACAAACAAUGGCAGAAGGUGGUGACGGAGACCCUGUGGCCAGUUCAUCUGGGACUCUGCGUCCAAAUUUCUCAUUGGGAAGAGGACUGUCAGGACGCUCGUUACUGAAUCCACCACCUCCAGGCAGACUCACGUCCCUGCGCUCCAGAGACCUGACACUGGGGGGGUAUAAAAAGAAAACAUUCGUACCAAACGUCCACUCCAUUCGUAAAAGCAAAGACGAGUUAAAGGAGGAGCUGCGUACCGCUCCGAAGAAGGAGAGAAGAGACAGGGAAGACAGGCAGAGAGAGCGCAGGCGCAGAGAAAGACCUCAGACUAUUCAGUCACACUCCAUUUUUGAACAGGGUCCUGCAGACACCUUCAGGAAAACAGGAAGCUGGGGGACCGCAAACCUCUGCGACUACGAUCCUUCGGUUCUUACUAAGAGUAUUAAAAAGGAGAGGAACGUUCCAGAACAUGACGAUGACGACGAAAUCUUAGAAAAGCUUCAGCGAGACGAUUUCAUAGAUGAUCCUGGGCUGAAAAACGAUCCCAAGCAGACGCCAAUAAAACUUCCACUGCAUCAGUCAUUCAGCUGCUCGCCGAUGGAGACGUCUCUAAAAGAUGAUCACGCUUUCUCAAAGUCUGCAAAAAUACGCGAUAAGAUCCCAGCACCGCUGAGCAGAACGUACGCAGGUCCUCAGCCGCCGAGCGUCGGAGAGCUUUUCCGGCAGUUGAGCGUAUCCGAGAAGGAAGAGCUUUUAUUCAUCCAGCUUCCCGAUACCGUACCCGCCCCGAAAAAAGCUGCAAAAAGUGAAAAGUCUGGGAAAAAAAGUGAUGUUGAAGACAAGCGUGCGUCUCACACGAGAACCCAAGAUCCGGGGGAGAAAGAGGCAGCGCCGGUGCUCUCCGACUUCACCGAAGGAUACAUAGGAAAAGUGCAAAUUAGGAAAUCGGGCAAAGUGCAGCUAGUCGUAGGGGACGUUACGCUGGACGUGUCUGAAGGAGCGGCUUUUUCAUUUCUACAGCAACUGGUGUGCGUGCGGCUCACGGAGGGACUGACGGGCGACAUGACGGUGCUCGGCGACGUCAGACACAAGCUGGUGUGUUCCCCUGACUUCCAGACUCUCCUGAAAGGGGUUAAGGCUCCAUCACUCAUCCAGCCGCUCUUAAACACGGUUCAUACGAUUUGAGAAGAGAAUUCGCUCUUAUAGCAGGUUCGCUGUACUGCAAACACAUGGGAUAUUAUGGAACAUCAGAUUAGAUUUUAUUACGGACUAUUUCUAUUUGUUCACUUUAAAACUUGUCGACCGUAGAUAACGACCUCAUGGCGUAGCAGGGAAUCUUUACCGACGUGUCUGUUUACAGACUGUGCUUUAUCUUCCCGUCCGUUUAUAACAAGGCAAAGAUGGCUUUCAUCUUCCCGGAUUAGUUGUCAUGGCAACACAAGGGGUUGAGAGAGAAACUCCCGGUAACAUUUUUAAUAUAACUCUGAAAGUGCACGAUUAUUUUGUAUAUUUUAUAUACAACUGAGCGAUUAAGGCUUAAGGGCCUUGCUCAGGGGCCCAGCGGUCUAACAGCGUAGCCACUAGUCUACCACAUCCUCCACGACACGGUGUUACAGACUAAGAAGAACAAAUGAAGGCAUUAAACAGACAGAUUUACAAUCUUAGUGAUGAACACAGAUCCAUACUGUAAUGUUCACAUCACGUUUGUUCUUUACUGGUCUUUAUUCUGGUCUUUAUUCUGGUCUUUAUUCUGGUCUUUAUUGGUCAAACGUAGAAAGCUUUCCGAUCGCUCACAUGUCCGUCCCAUUACACAGUUAAUAGCAUGUAAAAUAGUCUAGCUUUUUUUUUUUAUUCAGUUGUUUUUUAUUCAAUGAUCCUAGAUUAUAAAUCAGGAAUUUAUAUAAAAAAAAACUCUACAGUGGUCAAGGCUUAAAAAGUCAUAAUGUUUAUUUGGGUUUAAAUGUCAGGACUUUAAUCACUUCCUGUUUUAAUGUAACACUGUAAUUGACUGUAUAGAACAUUCGUGGUGCUCGUUUUGAUAUUUAUUAAGUAAAGAUGUGAUACAGAAAAUGAA